AUGGGCAGUGCAUCUGCAAUAGCUCAAAGCCAGGAAAGAUCGUCCAAGUCCCCCAUCACGCCCGAACAAGUGCGGCGCAUGGAAGAGAGCCGAUUACGAGCCAAAGCCCUUCGAUCGCAGCAAGAAGCAGUCCAGAGUAGCAAAGGUCCUUCACGGCCUUCCGCAGCAGCUCCCUUCCCAGUUGCCGGUCAAAAGCGAACCCAUGCCUCCAUAACAAAAGACGUGCCUGCGACCAGUCGAGACGCCCGCAACUCCCCCGCCAAAGCACCUAAAAGCAACAAUGGUCUGGCCACGGCCCAGGAUGAUGGCAUCCGGGCGGCAAGGAAGUUUCAGAAGUUCGUCGAAUACGACUUCAGCAAGAUGACAGAUACCAAAGGUGGUUUCAUGACGCAGGAGGACGAUCCACACAACAAGACACUGCAUGCGCCCAACGAGGAUGGCAAGCCUGCGAAUAUGACUUUGAAAGAGUGGGAGUACAAGCAGCUGCAAAGAAAGCUACGAGAUCAGAGAAAAUGCCGAGAGUGCGGCAGUCUGGAGAUUGACUACCAGUGGGACGAGCUUUUAAAGUGCCAAGUUUGCAAUACCUGCAAGGACAAAUAUCCGGAGAAAUACUCGCUCUUGACCAAAUCCGAAGCGAAAGAGGACUACCUCCUCACAGAUCCCGAAUUGAAAGACGAGAAUCUUCUACCUCAUCUCACAAAGCCUAAUCCGCAUAAGUCUACUUGGCACGAUAUGAUGCUGUACCUUCGAUGUCAGGUCGAAGAGUAUGCUUUCAGUGAUCAGAAAUGGGGUAGUGCGGAGGGACUCGAUGCAGAGUAUGAAAGACGUGCUAAAGAGACGAAGGAACGGAAGGAGAAGAAAUUCAGGAACAAGCUUAAUGAACUGAAGAAGCGGACGCGAGUUGAAGCGUAUAAGAAAGCGAGAAGUGGUGGAGGCGGCGACUUUGGAGAUGUCAUUGGGCCUGCAAGGCACGAACAUGAAUGGGGAAGAGCUGUGGAAGACCCGGAGACGGGGAUGACGAGGAAGACGUGUGUGGAUUGUGGUAUGGAGGUGGAAGAGAUGGAGCUCUGA